GUGGUUAGCUCCAUACUGCGUAUCAGCCAUGAGCUCCCAGUUCCGUCAGAAUUAUUCCACCAAAGUGGAAGCUGCAGGGAACCUCCUGGUCAACUUGCACCUGCGGGCUUCCUACACCUACCUCACUUUGGGCUACAAUUUUGACCUGGAUGACGUGGCUCUGGAGGCUAUAGGCCACUUCUUCCUCGAAUUGGCAGAGGAGAAGCUCAAGGGCGCUCAGCGGCUGCUGAAGAUGCAGAACGAACACGGAGGCCUCUGCGCACUAUUCCAGGACGUGCAGAAGCCAUCUCAAGGUAAGUGGGGUAAAUCCCAGGAGGCCAUGGAAGCUGCCUUGACCCUGGAGAAGAACCUGAACCAGGCCCUCUUGGAUCUUCAUGCCCUGGCUUCUGCUCGCACAGAUCCUCACCUCGGUGACUUCCUGGAAAACCACUUCCUGGGUGAGGAGGUGAAGCUCAUCAAGAAGAUGAGCUUCCUCCGCAGGGUGGCUGGGCCGAAGCCAGCACAGACUGGUGUGCCCUCGCCAUCUCUGGGCGAGUACCUCUUCAAGAGGCUCACUCUCAAGCAUGAAUGACUAGGAGAUGUCACC